GCUCAGCCCCUAUUCACAUGUAAAUAAGCCCCUUAUAAAUACUAACAACAGUCAGCCGGCGACGGCAGCCCAUCUCACUCGGAGUGCACAACAAACACAAGUCAGGCAGCAGAGGGAGAGGAGAGAAAGCUCGACCAAGCAACAUGGCUCCUUCUGCUCGGCACAGCAAGACCGAACUUGGCGUGCAAGACGAGGAGGAGGGCUACUAUGGGGUCCAGAAGGCGGACAGAAAGAUUAGGAAGCCUCUGGUGGAGAAGCAGAGGCGAGCUCGCAUCAAUGAGAGUCUGCAGGAAUUGAGGAGCCUUCUGACUGAUUCGGACUUGCACUCCAAGAUGGAGAAUGCGGAGGUGCUCGAGAUGACGGUAAAAAAGGUGGAGGACGUCCUGAAGACCAGAGCACAAGAAGCAGACACGAUGAGCCAUGAAGCAAGUGAGAGGUUUGCAGCCGGCUACAUCCAGUGCAUGCACGAGGUCCACAUGUUUGUGUCCACCUGUCCCGGCAUCGAUGCAACUGUGGCCGCCGAGCUGCUCAACCAUCUACUGGAGUGCAUGCCCAUGAACGAAGACCACAUCCAGGACGUGCUGAUGGAUCUAAUCACGGACACGUCUGGGAACGCGGGCAGCACAUGGCACGGAGGCGGAGACCUUCUCUGUCCGACGCUGGCCUCCCCCGGGGGAAGGAGCGAGUCCAAUGGGUCGUCCUCCGCCCUCUCGCCGCCCCCUUCCGUCACAUCCAGCGAGGACUCGUGCUCCGAUCUGGACGACAUCGACAGCGAGCACAACCAGAUCACUGCGGAAGCUCUGAGCACGCCCACGGUGACCUACUCCAGGUCCAUGUGGAGACCCUGGUAGGAGCUCACGGGUGCAGAUGGGCUGGAGGAUGCUGGAUCUGUGGGCAUCCUUGAAAGAUAUGAGGAAAAUCUUCACCCCAAAACAAACACUUAAAACUUACAAAUGAACAGACCAGCUACAGUUGCCACAAAUGGAUUUAUAACUGGACUAUAUUUGGUCUCCACAACUCACCUUCGCAAGACAAUGAUGACACAAUGAUGCUGUGGAUCCUUAGGAUGGUUCAUGUUUUUCUCUUUUGUGUUUCUUUUGAAUUCCGGUAAAUACUGGGGUCCUCAAAAUCAAUAACAUGCCAGUGGAAAGUGUCUGCAGCUGCCCUUUGGAUUUUGGGGAGUCAUUGCUUUAAAAAAGUGGAUUUUCCUUUCGGCAUCACAGAGAGCUAGUGGUUAGCACACACGCUUCCCAAUUCGAAAGUCCUGGUUUCAAACCUCAGCUCUGGCCUUCGUGUGGGUUUUUUCCGAGUGCUCCGGCUUCCUCCCGCGUUCCAAAAAGAUGUAUGCUAUGUUAAUUGAAGAGUUUAGAUUUUCCACGGACGUGAAUGAGUGUAAAAGGUUGUCUGUCUAUUUGUGCCCUGUGACUGGCUGGCAACCAGUCCGGAGUCUACCCGGUCUCCCGCCAAAAGUCAUCUGGGAUAGUCUCCAGCUCACCCAUGAUGAGCCAAAUGAGGAGAAGGAGUAUCGGCCUGAUAACGACAUUCACUUAUAGCUCAACCAGGAAGGACAAAUGAGGAAUAUACCACUUUUUAUAUGAAUAACUUCAUGUACUGUAUAUAGGAUUUGUA